CUGUACGCUGCAAUCUGCAGAGUGGCAGCAUUAUUUUUGUUCAGUGGAGUCCCGUCCUGUCGGCUGCCCCAUACCCGCCGCUGUGCCUGGAUUUUCACUGGCUUCUCAUUUUUUUUGGAGUUUGCCCCUUCUUCUUUUUGCAAAAGCAACUUUGACUUAACUGCAAGCGGAGAGAGAAAGGGGUCCUUGGGACGAUCUAAAAAGCACCUCAGGAUGUCAGAAUCCUUAAAACUACAAAAGGAACAGCAGCAACGGGACCUUGAGACGCGUUAUGAGAGCAGCUAUCACCAAAGCUCCCUGUCAUCUGUUAGCCGCCAGUCUUACGCUGCUUAUGUGAGCGGCCAUGGGUACAAGAUCUCAGGGAAGAAGGAGGAGAAGAAACUGAGCGCACUCUCCAAAAAAGAAAAGCGCUCAUACCUGGCAGUGGACAAAGAAGACGAGGUUAUUGGAUACGUUGUGCCAGUCUUCAGAAGCAGUCAUUUGACUACCCAGGAUCUGAUGGAGACUCAGGAGGAGGUGAAGGAAGAGGGUGUGGGGUAUGUCGUCAUGAGGAACCUGUUCUCCAGGGAGACCGACUUCAAGAUGAGAACUGUGAAGAAGUCCAGAGAGACCAGUAUGAGAGAGUCUGCUGAACGCCUGACUCUGAGCAAGAAGAUGCAUGAGAAACAAGAAUUCCAAAAGAAGAUGAAUCCAGAUAGUUUGACUCACCCCCCAGAGUUCAUUGUGAAACCACGUGGCCAGACCGUGUGGGAGGGGAAGAGUGUGACGCUGCACUGCACUGUGGCUGGAUGGCCCAAACCCCGCGUGGCCUGGUACAAAAACAAUGUUUUAAUCGAUGCUAAGGCUCACCCUGAGAAAUACUUCACAGAGAGCCAAUACAACAUGCAUUCUCUGGAAAUUAAGAACUGUAGUUUUAGCGACACUGCUGAAUACCGGAUCUCUGCACUCAACGUGAAGGGAGAAAGUUCUGCAUUUGCCCCUGUCAUUAUUAAAAGAUUCAAAGAAGGAGAAGUGGUUGAAAGGCCCCAUGGUUACAGCCCUGAAUAUGGUGUGACCUUCUACACUACUAUCAUCGACAAGUUUGAUGUUUCUUUUGGCCGUGAGGGAGAGACUAUGAGUUUGGGCUGUACAGUCAUUGUCUACCCCACUGUGAAGCGCUACCAGCCAGAGAUAGUGUGGUACAGAAAUGGUGUCGUCUUGUCACCUUCUAAGUGGGUGCACAUGCACUGGAGUGGUGAGCGAGCCACUUUGACCCUUGUGCAUCUGAACAAAGAAGAUGAGGGUCUCUACACCCUGCGUGUCAACACCAAGUCAGGCUUUGACACCCACUCUGCCUAUGUGUUUGUCAGAGAUGCUGAUGUGGAGGAGGAGGGGGUUCCUGUUGCUCCUCUUGAUGUGCGUUGUCAUGACGCUAAUAAAGACUAUGUGGUUGUUACCUGGAAGCAGCCAGCAGUGGAGGGCAGCAGUUCCAUCGUGGGCUACUUCAUUGACAGGUUGGAGGUUGGCACUCAUCACUGGACCCAGUGUAAUGACACUCCGGUGAAGUAUGCCCGUUUUCCUGUCACUGGGCUUGUUGAGGGCCGCUCCUACACUUUUAGGGUGCGAGCACUCAACAAUGCUGGUGUGAGCCGUCCAUCCCGGGCCUCUGACCCCGUAGUUGCCAUGGACCCAUCAGACCGGGCCCGUCUUAGAGCUGGCCCCUCAGCUCCAUGGACUGGAAUGAUCAAAUUCACUGAGGAAGACCCCACAGUGGGUGUGGUGCCUGGUCUACCUACUGACCUGGCUGUCACUGAGGCUACUAAGAGUUACGUGGUUCUUAGCUGGAAACCACCCGUCCAGAGAGGACACGAGGGUGUCAUGUAUUAUGUGGAAAAGUGUUUGGUGGGUACAGAUACAUGGCAGAGGGUAAACACUGGGAUGCCAGUGAAGUCCCCCCGUUUUGCCCUGUUUGACCUUGCUGAGGGCAAAUCCUACAGCUUCCGUGUCCGCAGCUGCAACUCUGCUGGAGUUGGAGAGCCAUCGGAGGAAACUGGGGCGACUACUGUGGGAGAUAGAUUGGACCUGCCCUCUGUCCCAGGGCCUGUUGUUCCCAUCAGAAACACUGACACUUCUGUGGUUGUGUGCUGGGGGGCAUCUAAGGAAGUUAAGAAUCUGGUGGGCUAUUACAUUGAGGUCAGCGUCAAUGGCAGCGGUGUGUGGGUUCCUUGCAACAACAAGCCUGUCAAAGGCACCAGGUUUGUGUGCCACGGGCUGAACACUGAGGACAAAUGCGUGUUUAGGGUGAAAGCUGUGAACGCUGCAGGAUACAGUGGAAGCACUGCCGAAUCUGAGACCUGCAUUGUGAAAGCGAGCAUUGCCGUCCCAAACCCUCCCACCGGUGUGACCCUGCUGGAGAGGGUCCGUGACUACAUGGUGCUGGGCUGGCAAGCUCCUGCUAAUAAUGGUGGAGCAGACAUCAGAGGUUACUACCUGGACUACCGAACAGUGAAGGAUGGAGUCACAAGCAAGUGGCAUGAACUCAACCUCCAGGCAAUCACUAGCACAUCUUAUAAGGUGACAGACCUGAAGGAAAACAAAUUCUACCAGUUCCAGGUGCGUGCAUUCAAUCAGGCUGGUAUUAGUGAAGGCUCCAAACCCACUGCCCCCUUGGAGUGCAAGGAAUGGACUGUUGCUGUUCCAGGCCCACCUCAUAGUCUCCGUGUCCAGGAGGUGCGUAAAGACUCCAUGGUCCUUCUGUGGGACCCGCCCACAUUCAAUGGCCGCAGUCCUGUGACUGGAUAUUAUGUGGACUAUAAGGAAGAGAAUGGCAAAUGGAGAUGUGUCCAAGAGAGAUCCACAAAACAUACUUACAUUAAGGUAUCUGGUCUCCAAGAGGGUGUUUCAUACAGGCUGCGCGUCCAUGCUAAGAAUCUGGCAGGUGUUGGUGGACCAUCAAAGGCAACUGAUGCAAUUUUGGCUGAGACCCGCCCUGGAACAAAUGAGAUUGUGGUGGAUGUGGAUGACGAUGGUGUGAUCUCUCUGAUCUUUGAGUGCUCCGAUCUUAAAGAGGACUCUCAGUUUGUGUGGUCUAAAAACUACGAGGCCUUCACUGACACUUCUCGUCUUACCAUUCAGACUUCUGGGGGCAAGUCCAGAGCCAUCUUUAAUGACCCAUCAUUGGAUGACUUGGGCAUUUACUCCUGUGUGGUGACCAACACUGAUGGUGUCUCUGCCAGCUACAAGCUCACUGAGGAAGGACUUAAACGCUUGUUGGACAUCAGCCGUGACCACCAGUUCCCCAUAAUUCCCUUCAAAAGUGAAAUGGCCAUUGAGCUGCAGGAGAAGGGCCGUGUGCGCUUCUGGGCCGAAGUUGGCAAGUUCACUUCUAACUGCCAAGUGGAGUAUGUCUUCAAUGAUAACAUCAUCCAUGAAGGAAAGAAGUACACAAUGAACUUUAACAAGACAACUGGCAUCAUUGAGAUGUUCAUGGACUCACUGGAGAUUACUGAUGAAGGAACCUUCACAUUCAACCUUGUUGAUGGCAAAGCAACUGGUCGCACCAGCUUAGUGCUUAUCGGAGAAGAGUUUGCCGAGCUUCAGAAGAAAUCUGAGUUUGAGAGAGCAGAGUGGGUCAGAAGGCAAGGUCCUCACUUCGUUGAGUACCUUAGUUUCGAGGUCACCCCAGAAUGUGAUGUGCAUCUGAAAUGCAAGGUUGGAAACAUCAAACCUGCCACUGAGAUUGCCUGGUUUAAGGAUGGAAUUGAGAUUGAAGAGGAUGAUGAGGAUGCUAAGAAGAUCGGAAAAUCUGAUGAAGUGUUGACCUUUGACAUUGGCAAGCUUGUUAUUAAGAGUGAAAAGGCACAACGGAAAAAGAAACCUGCAACCGAAGAAAGUCCAAGCAAGCCAAAAAUUUCAAAGAAAGAUGCAGGAGUAUAUGAGGUUAAACUGAAGGAUGAAAGAGGAAAGGACAAAACUUUGCUGAACCUGACAGAUGCAGGUUAUCAAGCAGUGCUGAACGAAGUGUUUAGAGUUAUUGCCAACUCUUCUACUGAGCUCAAGAUUAUGAGCACAGAACAUGGAAUCAUUCUCUACUCAUUUGUUGUGCACUAUAUUGAAGAUCUCCGUGUUGGAUGGCUUCACAAAGAAUCAAAGAUCUCCCACUCAGACAGAGUGCAGUGUGGAGUCACCGGAGAACAGCUGUGGCUCAAAAUUAACGAGCCCACAGAGAAGGAUAAGGGCAAAUAUGCCAUUGAUAUCUUCGAUGGCCAAGGCAGCGUCAAGAGAGUUCUUGACCUAUCUGGACAAGUAUGGGAGGAUGCAAUUGAAGAAUUCAAGAGACUGAAGGCGGCGGCCAUAGCAGAGAGAAACCGUGCCCGUGUGGUGGGCGGCCUGCCCGAUGUAGUCACUAUUCAGGAGGGCAAGUCCCUCAACCUCACUGGCAACGUAUGGGGUGAUCCUGUUCCUGAAGUCAGCUGGGUGAAGAACGAAAAGCCGCUGGUGUGUGAUGAGCACUACACACUGAAGUUUGAGCAUGGCAAGUUUGCCAGCAUCACCAUCGCCGCUGUUUCCACAGCCGACUCUGGGAAAUAUGCCCUGCUGGUGAAGAACAAGUACGGCACAGAGGCAGCAGAGUUUACUGUCAGUGUCUACAUCCCAGAGGAUGAAGCGGAGAAGAAGUAGUAAAGACGCACAGAGGGAGAGAGGGUUUUAACAAAUGACCAGUAUACCUUCCAAGGCAUUUUAAUUCAAAGCAUGCACACACACACAGUGCAAAAUUAUAUGGUUUUACCUUAAAGCAGGGGUGUCCAAUCCUGCUCCUGGAGGGCCACUGUCUUGCAAAGUUUGGCUCCAACCCCAAUUAAACACACCUGAACCAGCUAAUCAAGGUCUUAGGCAUACUAAAAUCUUCUAGACAGGUGUGUUGAGGCAAGUUGGAGCUAAACUCUGCAGGACAGUGGCCCUUCAGGACCGAGUGUGGACACCCCUGCCUUAAAUCAACAUGUUUGUGGUUAAAAAGAAAUACUCGUAAUCGUAAAUACUAAAUAAUGUGGGCCAGUUAUGCCUGGUUUUACUUCUGGGCUUUUCACACUAUGCUUAACCCUGGGUUAACAUCAACAUUUUUUAACCCAGAGUUAACUCUACUCUACUGGGUUAAGCAAUGUUUCACAUUUGUAAUUUUGAAAGGAGGUUAGCAAGGAUAUGAAGCCCUGCUUCAGAAGUCAACCCCAAAUUGUGGUUCCAAAAGUGUAUCAUGUGAAUUGCUAACCCAGGUUAAUCUAUGAACCAUGUGAAAAUUAACAUAUUGAGGUGUUAACCUCAAAUUAUAGUACCAAAGGUAUGCAGUCUGAAUUUCUAAUGUAUAAACCUUACAAAAUGUAGUUAUUUCUUAAUCCUGGGUUAACAAUUUUAAAGGGUUUAUUUCAUCCAAAAAUGAAAUUUCUGUCAUUGGGUACUCACCCUCAUGUCGUCCCAAACCUGUAAGACCUUUGUUUGUC